AUGAGCGGGCACGACUCCAAGUACUUCUCCACCACCAAGAAGGGUGAAAUCCCUGAGCUCAAGGAAGAGCUCAAUUCUCAAUACAAGGAUAAGAGAAAAGAUGCUGUUAAGAAGGUGAUUGCUGCAAUGACUGUUGGGAAGGAUGUUUCAUCUCUGUUCACAGAUGUAGUGAAUUGCAUGCAAACAGAAAAUUUGGAGCUGAAGAAGCUGGUCUAUUUAUAUCUGAUAAAUUAUGCUAAAAGCCAGCCUGACCUAGCAAUACUUGCGGUGAAUACAUUUGUCAAGGAUUCACAAGACCCAAAUCCUUUGAUUCGUGCUUUAGCUGUCCGGACGAUGGGUUGCAUUCGUGUCGAUAAAAUUACAGAAUACCUUUGUGAUCCCCUUCAGAGGUGUCUCAAGGAUGAUGAUCCAUAUGUUCGCAAGACAGCAGCCAUAUGUGUUGCCAAACUUUAUGACAUAAAUGCGGAGUUAGUUGAGGAUAGGGGUUUCCUGGAAUCUCUCAAGGAUUUGAUAUCUGAUAAUAAUCCUAUGGUUGUAGCAAAUGCUGUGGCUGCUCUGGCUGAAAUUCAAGAGAAUAGUAAUAGACCCAUCUUUGAGAUCACUAGUCACACUCUAUCAAAGCUUCUUACCGCCUUAAAUGAAUGCACAGAGUGGGGUCAAGUUUUCAUAUUGGAUGCUCUUUCUAAAUACAAGGCAGCAGAUGCUCGUGAAGCUGAAAAUAUAGUAGAGCGAGUUACACCACGACUACAACAUGCUAACUGUGCUGUUGUACUUUCAGCUGUUAAGAUGAUCCUCCAACAAAUGGAACUUAUCACUAGUACUGAUGUCGUCAGAAAUCUUUGCAAAAAGAUGGCUCCUCCACUUGUGACACUACUCUCUGCUGAGCCUGAGAUACAAUAUGUUGCCUUGAGAAACAUCAACCUUAUAGUACAAAGACGGCCUACAAUCCUUGCCCAUGAAAUAAAGGUAUUCUUCUGCAAGUACAAUGAUCCGAUUUAUGUAAAGAUGGAAAAGUUAGAAAUCAUGAUAAAGCUUGCUUCAGACCGAAAUAUAGACCAGGUUUUGUUGGAGUUCAAAGAGUAUGCUACAGAAGUAGAUGUGGAUUUUGUUCGAAAAGCUGUCCGUGCCAUUGGUCGCUGUGCCAUCAAAUUAGAAAGAGCAGCUGAGCGGUGCAUUACUGUUCUACUUGAGCUGAUAAAGAUCAAAGUAAACUAUGUAGUUCAAGAGGCCAUUAUCGUCAUCAAAGAUAUCUUUAGAAGAUAUCCGAAUACCUAUGAAUCCAUUAUUGCAACUCUCUGCGAAAGCCUAGACACUUUAGAUGAACCAGAAGCCAAGGCAUCAAUGAUCUGGAUAAUUGGUGAAUAUGCGGAAAGAAUUGACAAUGCUGAUGAGCUCCUUGAAAGCUUUCUGGAAAGUUUCCCUGAAGAGCCUGCACAUGUCCAGUUGCAAUUGCUGACUGCAACUGUCAAACUCUUCCUUAAAAAGCCAACUGAAGGGCCACAGCAGAUGAUACAGGUUGUUUUGAAUAAUGCUACUGUGGAAACGGAUAAUCCCGAUUUACGAGAUCGGGCAUACAUAUAUUGGCGCCUUUUAUCAACUGAUCCAGAGGCAGCCAAGGAUGUUGUGUUGGCUGAGAAGCCAGUGAUCAGUGAUGAUUCAAACCUGCUUGAUCCAUCUCUUCUUGAUGAGCUUCUUGCAAACAUUGCCACGUUAUCCUCUGUGUAUCACAAGCCCCCAGAAGCAUUUGUUACCCGUGUGAAGACCACAACCCAAAAAACUGAAGAUGAGGACUAUGGUAGUGAAACAGGAAACUCUGAAUCACCUGCUCAUAUUGCUGAUAGUGCUGCAUCCCCACCAACCAGUUCAGGUGCUCCAUAUGCUGCAGCAAGACAAGCAGCCCCUGCACCAGCUUCGCCUGCACAUGCAGCUGCAGCUCCAGUACCAGAUUUACUUGGUGAUCUGAUUGGCCUGGAAAAUAGUGCUAUCGUCCCUGUGGAUCAGCCUGCUUCUCCUGCCGGACCUCCAUUGCCUGUCGUGCUACCAGCAUCAACUGGUCAAGGUUUACAAAUCAGUGCUCAGUUGACACGUAGAGAAGGCCAAAUAUUUUACAGUUUAUUGUUUGAGAACAACACACAGAGUCCGUUAGAUGGGUUCAUGAUUCAAUUCAACAAAAAUACAUUUGGUCUUGCAGCUGCUGGACCCCUUCAGGUUCCACAAGUGCAACCUGGGACAUCAGCGGGGACUCUCCUGCCUAUGGUUACAUUCCAGAAUAUGUCUCAAGGUCCUCCAAGCUCACUAUUGCAGGUUGCUGUGAAAAACAAUCAACAACCAGUCUGGUACUUUAACGAUAAAAUCUCAUUGCAUGUCUUCUUUACUGAGGAUGGGAGAAUGGAGCGUGCAAACUUUCUUGAGACAUGGAGGUCCCUUCCAGAUUCAAAUGAGAUUACAAGGGACUUCCCUGGAAUUGUGGUGAGUAAUGUUGAAGCGACUCUGGACCGCCUAGCUGCUUCAAACAUGUUCUUCAUUGCGAAGCGCAAACAUGCCAACCAGGAUGUGUUCUAUUUCUCUGUAAAAAUCCCUCGAGGAAUACCAUUCUUAAUUGAACUGACCACAGUCGUCAAUAACCCUGGCGUCAAGAUUGCAAUCAAGACUCCAAGCCCAGAGACGGCACCUCUUUUCUUUGAAGCCAUGGAGACGCUCCUCAAGGAUUGA